AGAACCAUAUGUUUGUAAACGUUUCCUGAAGUGUCUUGUGGAUGAGCUACAAAAUUUCUCUGGCCAGCAUAAAAGCUAGUUACUUUACAAUUUUAACAUUAUACCGCCAGGUUCCUCACCAAUAAACUACCAAGAUGUCGUAUAUGCUACCACAUUUACACAAUGGCUGGCAAGUGGACCAGGCCAUACUCUCGGAGGAAGAUCGUGUUGUGGUCAUACGUUUUGGACACGAUUGGGAUCCCGCUUGCAUGAAAAUGGACGAAGUCAUGUACAGCAUUGCGGAGAAAGUGAAAAAUUUUGCAGUAAUUUACUUGGUGGACAUCACCGAGGUGCCAGAUUUCAAUAAGAUGUAUGAAUUAUACGAUCCCUGCACCGUAAUGUUUUUCUUCCGCAAUAAACAUAUAAUGAUUGAUUUGGGUACUGGUAAUAAUAAUAAAAUCAAUUGGCCGCUUGAGGACAAACAGGAAAUGAUCGAUAUUGUAGAAACGGUAUAUAGAGGAGCAAGGAAAGGACGCGGUCUUGUCGUGUCACCAAAGGAUUACUCUACCAAAUAUAGAUAUUAAGCGCUAGUUUAUUAUUAAUGACUAUAUAAUAUAUGCACGUAUAUACAGUAUAUCAAAUUAUCACUACUAUUAAGUCACCAUAUCGUUACCUUAAUACAAAAAGGCGAUAAUUUCGAAAUUUAGCUUACAAAGUUUAAUACAUAUAUUGCUCACUAAAAGCUUAAUAGGGUUUUAAAGACAUCUACUACAGCAGUAAAAAAAGUUUCAGCUGUUUUUUUGAAAUCCCAGGUUUUAAAGAAAUUCCCAAUUUUAGAACUUUGAUUUUUUAAAGUUUUGUAAUUGCUCUCUAAAGAGACACAAUUUUGGAUGAAGCCUAUCUGUAUUAAGGUAACGAUAUGUACGUACAUCAGCAUGUAAUUUUCAUCUCAUCUAUCAGCUAAGUCGGAUUGUGUAACUAAAAUGCGAAUUUAAAAACAAAUCUAUAGUCUUAAUUUUUGAAAAAGCUAAUCUAUGUGUGUUCAUCACCUUCAUUUGAAUGGAGUAGAGCGUGAGAAAGCGGUACAUGCUUGUUUGGAGCGAUCUAGAAAUGUUUUGCCACAUUUAGCAAAGGUCUGCUGCAUAAGAAAUGGCAUGCCGCAGUUUCCAUUAUGUCACUACGUAUUAAGUUAAUUUAUGCUAUUAAAACAUUGCCCCAAUUUGGAGUCGGCCGUGCAAUAACCCUGGACAUGGGCUUGCUUUAUGGGUAAUAGUAAUAGUAUAGAAGUUUUGCCUUCCAUAUGUAUGAGAGGAUUAAUGAAUGCGUUCCUAAAGCUCUCCUCCUAGUAAAAAUAUUUUGGAACAACGCUUGCUUUUCAGACAUAUGUACAUAUGAAUGUACAUAUCGUCACCUGUAAUUCCAAAUAACGUAACAACAUCGCCACUGAAAUGGAAAAAGUCGUGACUAUUUAUAUUUUUUUUUCAUUAAACGUUGUGGGGAGUGGUAAUUUGAUGAAAUCCAUCAUAGCAAUCAAAAAGUGAAUUUUGAAUUUUUUAUAAGUUACGACUUUUCGCAUUUCAGUGACGAUGAUGUUACAUUCUUUUGCAUUUCAGGUGACGAUAUAUGCAUCUUGUCGAAAUGAAUGUCCUCAAUUGUACAAAAGCCCUGCAAUUCUUACACCUUCUACUUCCUAUGGCGCCCAUUUGGCGCUUUCCAUAUAUAUAAAA